AUGCCCCAGGUUCCUCCUCUGGCUGCUGCGGCUGCUGUUGGAGGUCCUUCAAAGUCCCCAAUCGAACAAUUUGAGGACUUCUCGAAGAAGGUAGAGGACUCGCUCGACCAAUACUUCCACGUGUUGAAACCCUACGUUCCUGCCAUUGGUCGUUCAUUCAUUGUCGCCACCUUCUACGAAGAUGCAUUGAGAAUUAUUUCACAAUGGAGCGACCAGGUAUAUUACUUGCACGGCUAUAGAAAAAUCUGGUGGUGGUUAACCGUGUUGUUCCUUUUCUCAAACGUGGUGGUAAUGUUCGGUGGUGCUACUAUGCUUGUCAUGAGAAAGCAGCCGAUGUACGCCACCAUUGGGCUUGUUUCUGUGGUGAUUUUGCAAGGCUUAUUUUAUGGGUUGAUUACUGAUGGUCAAUUUAUUCUUAGAAACCUUUCGGUCGUGGGAGGUCUUAUUCUUGCUUUCUCUGAUUCUCUCGUUCGGGACAAGCGGGCUUUGAAUAUGCCCGGAUUACCACAACUCAGCAACACAGACAAUCGAAAGUACUUUCUUCUCGCUGGUCGCUUGCUUUUGAUUUUGUUAUUCCUUGGGUUCGUUUUCUCUGCUAAGUGGUCGUUUGGCAGAAUUCUUGUGAUUCUUGUCGGCUUUAUCUCCUGUGGCUCGAUCAUUGUCGGGUACAAGACCAAGUUUGCUGCAGCUAUUUUGACCGUGCUUUUGUUUGUCUACAAUUUCUUAGUCAACCAAUUCUGGAGAUAUUCAGCUCAUGACUCCAACAGAGACUUUUUGAAAUAUGAAUUCUUCCAAACUUUGUCAAUUGUUGGUGGUUUGGCGAUCAUUGUUAACGCGGGUGCCGGUGAAUUCUCUAUCGACGAAAAGAAGAAGAUUUACUGA